AUGGAGUCGAUGAUCGAACUCUGCGAUCUGAUCGCACAAAAUCCUUCGCAAUUUGCUGAUAAAUUGGCUUGGAUUUGUGGACGAUGUCCACCAAUUGACUCUUCGUUUGUAAGCGAUUCAAUUGCUUCGUACGAUUUCUUGAGUUACAUGAAUAAAGCCAGUGAGUUGUCCUCGGAUUUUGCCAUUGGCCGUUGCGGAUUCACCGAGGAGCUAGUUUCGACAACUCCUGAAGCGUCAUCGUCUUUUUUGGGUCGAUUCCGUAUUCUAUUGCCCAAUCUUUUUUGCCACAGUCGUUUGGAAGCGAUUCAAUCUUUUGAUUUCCUGAGUUAUGUGAAUGAAGCCAGUGAGUUGUCCUCGGAUUUUGCCAUGGCCGUUGCGGAGUAUACGGGAGAGAUUGUGAUGUCGGCGAUUAACAAUGCCGAUGGAGAUUUGGGGGUUUCUCUGUCGCAGAAUUUUCAUCCAAUUCUUCUUUCUAAUGCAAAAAGAUUAGUUUCCACUCUUCAAGAUCGAUUUGAAAUUUCGGUUCCUAGUUCACCGAGGGAGCUAGUUUUGAUAACACCUGAAGCGUCAUCGCCUCAGUGUUCGCCACUCAGUGCAAACCAUUAUCAAUCAAAUGAGAGAAACAGUCCAGGAAACGAGGUCAGCAAUGCCUCUGGUUCUUCUAGCGGUGACCCUUCAAGGGUUACAGAUGAGGCGACCAGUGCAUUGUGGUCGAAAGGAUUGGUGAUGAAAGGGGGCAGCCUUGCGUGGAAGAGCAAUGUGUAUAUAUUUGGGGCUGAUGUUGGGUUCAAUGAUGAAGGACGAGGCGGUUCCGCAACGUACAAGCGAGUGGUAGCCUCUUUUGAGGAAGAGCCUGUGGAGAGCCUUCAACAACAGGAGAUUGCUUUCAAGCUGAUUGGGCACAUAUUGGAUAAAGUCCAGAUUGAUCUUAAGCUUUUGUAA